GAGACAGACCCGCCACCCGGGCAGCAGGGUCCCUCCCAGGUGGCUGAGUCGAGAGGACUCUGGGCGGGCGGCCCAGGGUCCGAAGACCCCAAUCCUCAAAGGCAGGAUUUGUGUGGGAAAGGCAGCACCCCUUUGGUCUCUAGGAGGCACAGGCUCACUGAUAACCUGAGGACAAUGGACGCUGAUGAGGGUCAAGACAUGUCCCAAGUUUCAGGAAAGGAAAGCCCUCCAGUAAGUGACACUCCAGAUGAUGGUGAUGAACCCAUGCCUGUCCCUGAAGACCUUUCCACCACGUCUGGAGGCCAGCAGAACUCCAAGAGUGAGAGAGGAGUGGCCAGUAAUGUUAAAGUAGAGACUCAGAGUGAUGAAGAGAAUGGGCGUGCCUGUGAAAUGAAUGGGGAAGAAUGUGCGGAGGAUUUACGAAUGCUUGAUGCCUCGGGAGAGAAAAUGAAUGGCUCCCACAGUGGCCAAGGCAACAAAGCUUUGUCAGGAGCUGGAGGCAUUCGACUUCCUAACGGCAAACUAAAGUGUGAUGUCUGUGGGAUAAUUUGCAUCGGCCCCAAUGUGCUCAUGGUCCACAAAAGAAGCCACACUGGAGAACGGCCUUUCCAGUGCAAUCAGUGUGGGGCCUCCUUCACUCAGAAAGGCAACCUGCUCCGGCACAUCAAGUUACACUCCGGGGAGAAGCCCUUCAAGUGCCACCUCUGCAACUACGCGUGCCGCCGGAGGGACGCCCUCACGGGCCACCUGAGGACGCACUCUGUUGGUAAACCUCACAAAUGUGGAUAUUGUGGCCGAAGCUAUAAACAGCGAAGCUCUUUAGAGGAACAUAAAGAGCGCUGCCACAACUACUUGCAGAGCAUGGGCCUUCCAGCCACGCUGUACCCAGUCAUUAAAGAAGAAACUAAUCACAGUGAAAUGGCAGAAGACCUGUGCAAGAUAGGAUCAGAGAGAUCCCUCGUGCUGGACAGACUAGCAAGUAACGUCGCCAAACGUAAGAGCUCUAUGCCUCAGAAAUUUGUUGGGGACAAGUGCCUGUCAGACAUGCCUUAUGACAGCAGUGCCAGCUACGAGAAGGAGAAUGAGAUGAUGCAGACCCAUGUGAUGGAUCAAGCCAUCAACAAUGCCAUCAGCUACCUGGGGGCCGAGUCGCUGCGCCCCCUGGUGCAGACACCCCCAGGCAGCUCUGAGGUGGUACCGGUCAUCAGCCCCAUGUACCAGCUACACAAGCCCCAUGCCGAGGGCCCUGCAAGGUCCAACCACUCCGCCCAGGACAGCGCCGUGGAGAAUCUACUGCUGCUCUCCAAGGCCAAGUCGGUGUCCUCUGAGAGGGAGGCGUCCCCAAGCAACAGCUGUCAAGACUCCACGGACACCGAGAGCAAUACUGAGGAGCAGCGGGGUGGCCUCAUCUACCUGACCAACCACAUCAACCCCCAUGCCCGCAAUGGCCUGUCCAUCAAGGAGGAGCACCCAGCCUACGACGUGCUGAGGGCGGCCUCUGAGAGCUCCCAGGACGCCUUCCGGGUGAUCGGCACCAGCGGGGAGCAGAUGAAGGUGUACAAGUGUGAACACUGCAGGGUGCUCUUCCUGGACCACGUCAUGUACACCAUCCACAUGGGCUGCCACGGCUUCCGUGAUCCUUUUGAGUGCAACAUGUGUGGCUACCACAGCCAGGACAGGUACGAAUUCUCGUCCCACAUCACGCGGGGGGAGCACCGUUUCCACAUGAGCUAAACCCUCCUCUGCUGCAUGGACCCCGCAAAGAAAAGCAUACAGGGCCACUGCCCUCCCCUCCUGCCAGCAGCACAGACUGGACGAGACCGUUGUGCUUUGAUUCCUAGGUGGUGUUUUGUUUUGUUUUGUUUUGUUUUUUUAAGUUGGUUGGUUGGGAUUUGAUUUGCUUUUGAAAACAAAGAGAUUUUUAUGGUUAGAUGCAGGGUUACAUUUCAGGCCCCCAACUGCCGUGUUGUUAGACGUUUUCCUAGACUGCUAGCUGAAAGCCCCCACGUGUUGCUUCCUAGAAUUCCCCUCCUCCAAACAACUCAUCAUUUUCAGAGAGAAUUUUAUAAGAACAGGCCAAAACCCGGGAAGAAAGGAGCCGGUUCCAGUGCUAAGUAUGGGAUUCACAGACCCAGUGUGGUUUCCAAGGCCCCAGAAGCAGUGGGCGCAGCCCCUGAAGUGUGGCCGUCCCCGCGAGCAACGCAGGUGAGCAGACCUGGGAGGUGCCCCAGCACAGCAGGGCCUGCGAACUGCACAUGCACCUAGGGCUGAAAGGCUGCAGUCAAAAGAAGGUAUUAUUCUAAGUCAUAUGCUGCAGGAAAAUAAAUUGUUGAGGAGAAGUUGUGACUAUUGGGCUCCCUGGGCAAGGAGAAGGAGAAGGAAGAGCCUGUUAGGCUCAUUCUCGAUUUCCACACUUCUAUGACGUUGCUCGGAAAACCGCUACACCUUCUGGGCUUGUCAGGCGGGAUGAGCUCAGUAUUCCUGGGGGCACCCCUGGAGACCGCUGUGCUCUGCUUUGUCAUCCGCAUGCCUUCCAUAGCCACAGGAGUCCGCCACUACAUUUUCAACACCUAAAAUCUGAACCUUAAUUCCUUUUGAACCUCUCAAACGGUAAAAUUCCUCAGAAACCAAAGCUUUAUUAAUCGAAUUCCACAUUCGUUUCUUUGGUUAUCUGUUCCUUCCCCGGCUGGUUCUACCUAUGACCAGAAACCUAUUUUCCUGCGGAAGGCCCGUCCUAGACAUCGUUUGAACUAAGCAUGCCUUUUGUUUCUAGCUGCAGGCCUACAGAUUUCCUGCUGUUGGUAAAUUUCUUUCCCUACCGUCACUGUAUAUUUUUCUUGUUUUAAAAUCCAUAAAAGAAGGACUCAGAAUGACCAUUAAUUUUCAGACCAAGGAAAUAUGACAGGUGCAGCGCAGCAGACGUUGCUCACACACAGAACCUACCUGUUUGAAACUAAACUUUCAAACAAUCUGAAACUCCCGUAAAGACAAAGCAGCAGCCGUGUGCCCACACGUGAAUAGCUGGCGAGGCCCCGCACCCUUUCUCCCUGGGGGAUUGGACUGUUCGGGGCAGCCGUCUGACAGAAGGAGGCGGUGGCACUGGAGGUGAGGGCCCCUCCCAUCCAUGCUGAGACAUGGAGUGCUCUCUGAGGCCCCACUGAGGUGUGUGGAGAUCCUAGUCCCAACCAGGAAGGGUGUCCCUCAAGAGUAAUCCUGUCAUUAAGGACAUUCAUCUCAAUCACCUAGGCAAGGAAGAGCAUUCAAUUUCAAAUGUUUACAAUGCUUGUCUUCACCAAAACUGUCCCAAGGUGAACAUGAAGAAACAGGAAAAAUGGUACAUAAGCACCUCCAAAUUUAAUCUAAAUCCAGGGUUCUUAGUCUCAGUGCUAUUGACAUUUGGGGCUAGAUCAUUCUUCGUUGUGGGGGAUUCUCCCAUGCAUUGUCGGAUAUUUAGGAGGAUCCCUGGUCGCUACCCAAUAGAUGCCAUUAGCACUCCCAGUUGACAAAUAAAAAUCUCUCCAGACAUUGCCACAUGUCCCCUAGGCAGAUCACCCCUAGUUGAGAAUCACUGCUCUAAAUAAAUUCUAAACCAGUCAGAUGUCUGGGAAGUCUUCCAAAGAUAAAAACACUGGAAGAAUUUUCCCAGUCAGCAGUCUGGAGCCUGAUUCAUGUUCCUUUGGAGUCAUUAUAAAUUCUAUAAAUGAAUUAUCCCCCUUCAGUCUUCAGAAACAUACCUUAUCACGUGCAUUUGAGUUUUGUUGAAAGGAUGGAGUCCACAAAGAUAUCAUUCUUGAGUCAUGGGUUCCUUUGCUUACAGAACAGUCUGGCAUUUUUGGAAACAAACAAAAUAGUAAUCAUUUAGACUGUGGCACAGCAAUGCACUGAGUAAAGGACCAGGUAGAGGAGCGGGGCUGUUGACAGCUGUAGUUCCAUAGGCAAGUACAAAGAAAGAUAGGCCUCACGUGAGUGAACAUAAUCGAGGUGAAGACUGCUUAGAGUUCCAGUUUGCUGGCCAAUUCACCUGCCCUGUUCUUUUCCAUCCACCCCACAGAGUCAAUUGGUUGAAAGGAGUGAUUUUUCCCCAUGGCUUCAAACAAAACUUAACCCAGAAUUGUAAAUAGUGGCUACAGGAAUUCUUUUCCAAAAUGCUUUCCCCUUCUUUUCACUGCCUUUUAUAGCCAAGAUAAGUGUCCAUUUACACCCCUUUGGUUGUGGUUUUAUAUUGUAACACCAUUUUUCUUUGAGACUAUUGUAUUUAAAGUAAGGUUUCAUAUAACGUCAACAAGUAAUUAAAUUAUGUUUGAAAGGUGGCCAUAUUCUGUACCAAAAGCUGUUACUGUUUUUCUUCUACCUGGUAAAAGUAGGAUUUUGCAUGACCUCACACCUUUUUGUUCCAUGGUUUGUUCUAUUGCUUGACGGGGUGUGUGUGUGUGUCUUGGGAACUGCUAUGUACUGAAAUGUGCCUAGGUUUCAUGCACUCUCCUUGUGUUUAAAAUAAAUAUCAGAGAAAGGAGGGUGAUUAGGAGCAGGUUGAUCUGUUGAUCACAAUGAGAAAUUGCUAUGUAGCGUUCCUGCCCCUCCCCUGUCACCCAGCUUCCCUCGACUGGGAAAGCCUGGGCACCUGCUCCCCACCCAGGCCCCUUCUGUAAUGUGUACCUUAGUGCAUGGGCUUGUCCUAACUGAAGAGUCACUAAAAAGAAGUGCAUUAUCGUUGCUGUGUCUCCAAAGGGUGUGUCCCGGCACCGCUCAUUUCAGAUGCUGGUUUAGGACCAACCACAUAAUGAAAUCUUGGAAUCUCAUUGAGAAAGAGAGCUACCUGUUAUGCAGAUGUCAGAUUGGGGUUUUUUUUCUUUCUAUUUUUGUGCUUUUUCUUGUUUUGUUUUGAUUACUUCGUGACUCUUAUAGUGUCAUCUUCUUGCCAAAACAAAAGCGAGAUGAAAUGGAUUUACGUAGAUAAGUCAUGAAGCAAAUGUAUUUCUCUCUCCCGCACUUCUUAAGUUCCGGCAAUAAUGAAGGGUCAACUCUACUUAAAGUCCAGAUAUCUCUCAUUCAGUUCAAUGUGGGUUUUUUUACUUUAAAAUGAACCAAAAUCAGAUUUUUUAAAGAUGUACAGGCGUCAGAAAAAAGAAGCACAUGCCGUUGGUGCGAUAGCAUUCACUGUGAACACGUGUACCCAGAUAUUAAUAUGCAAUAUUGUUUCCAAUACUUUCUAAUACACUUUUUUACAAUGUUGUGUGUGGUGAUUGGUAAAGUCCAAUUUAUUUGUAUCCAAUGCAGCUUUAGGUCUUUAACUGCCAUUCUGGCAAAUACAUGUACAGGAUUGUAAAUGAGAAAAUGCAGUUGUAUUUCCAGUCUGCCUCUAUGAUGAUGUUAAAUUAUUUCUGUUUAUCUGUGAACAAGAGGUAUACCCCUGGAAGAAUAGAGUCCUUUUGUACACAUUUUGAAAUGCUUCUUCUGUAGUGAUAGAACAAAUAAACGCACCAAAUCCUC